AUGCUGGACCCGUCCUCCAGCGAAGACACCGGCGGGGAGUCCGACCCAGAAGUUGUCCAGGAGGCUCCGAGGAAACCGGCUGCGUCCUCGGCGGGGAAACGGGGGAACAACAGCCGGGCGGGCGGCCAGCAGCGACAGGUCCCUGCACCUGGAGGCGCCCCCGGCAAAGGUGCGAAACAAAACAAUGCUACAGGUGAAGAGGAGGAGGAGAGGAGGGAGCGGGAGCGGAUUCAGAAGGAGGAAGAGGAGAGGAAAAUUAAACUGCAGAUUUAUGUGUUCGUCCUGCGGUGCAUAGCCUACCCGUUCAACGCCAAGCAGCCCACCGACAUGGCCCGGCGGCAGCAAAAGGUGAACAAGCAGCAGCUGCAGGCGGUGAAGGACAGAUUUCUGGCCUUCCUCAACGGGGAGACGCAGAUUGUGGCGGAUGAAGCUUUCUGCAACGCCGUGAGGAGCUACUAUGAGGGCUUCCUGAAGAGCGAGCGCGUUUCCCGGAUGGUUCAGAGCGGCGGCUGCUCGGCCAACGACUUCCGCGAGGUCUUCAAGAAGAACAUCGAGCGGCGCAUUCGCAGCCUCCCGGAGAUCGACGGCCUGAGCAAAGAGACCGUGCUGAGCUCCUGGAUCGCCAAGUACGACGCCAUCUACAGGGGGGACGAGGACAUGCGGCGGCAGCCACAGCGGGCGCACCUGAGCGCCGUGUCGGAGCUCAUCCUCAGCAAGGAGCAGCUGUACGAGAUGUUCCAGCAGAUCCUCGGCAUCCGGAAGUUCGAGCACCAGCUGCUGUACAACGCCUGCCAGCUGGACAACGUGGACGAGCAGGCGGCUCAGAUCCGCAGAGAGCUGGACGGCAGGUUACAACUGGCCGAGAAGAUCGCCAGGGAGAGGAGAUACCCAAAGUUUGUCUCCGCUGACAUGGAGGCUCUGUACGUGGAGGAGCUGCGUUCGUCCGUCAACCUGCUGAUGGCGAACCUGGAGAGUCUGCCCGUGUCCAAAGGAGGUCCGGACUUCAAGCAGAAGCUCAAACGCUCCUCUAUGAACAACUCCUUCCUGGACAUGGGAGACGAGGGAGACAUCCUGUCCAAGUCUGACGUCGUGCUGUCCUUCACUCUGGAGAUCGUGAUCGUGGAGGUCCAGGGUCUGAAGUCCGUCGCUCCAAACCGGAUCGUUUACUGCACCAUGGAGGUGGAGGGAGGAGAGAAGCUGCAGACGGACCAAGCUGAAGCCGCCCGGCCACAGUGGGGGACUCAGGGGGACUUCACCACGACUCACCCUCUGCCCUCGGUCAAAGUAAAGCUGUUCACAGAGAGCACCGGGGUCCUGGCUCUGGAGGACAAGGAGCUGGGCCGGGUGGUCCUGAACCCAACCACCAACGGACCAAAGCAGGCCGAGUUCCACCGGAUGGUCGUCCCCAAGAGCAGCCAGGACACUGAGCUGAAGAUCAAGCUGGCGGUCCGCAUGGACAAACCCCCCAACAUGAAGCACAGCGGGUAUCUUUACGCUGUGGGACAGAGAGUGUGGAAACGCUGGAAAAGAAGAUAUUUUGUUCUCGUUCAGGUGAGUCAGUACACGUUUGCCAUGUGCAGCUACAGAGAGAAGAAGGCGGAGCCUCAAGAGCUAAUGCAGCUGGAGGGCUACACGGUGGACUACUGCGACCCUCAGCCAGGUCUGCAGGGCGGCCGGGUGUUUUUUAACGCGGUGAAGGAGGGCGACCUGGUGAUGUUCGCCUGUGACGAUGAGCAGGACCGGGUGCUGUGGGUCCAGGCCAUAUACCGGGCCACCGGGCAGUCCUACAAACCGGUCCCCCCGCUGCAGAACAAAACCGCAAACUGCAGAGGAGGACUUCAGAAACCAGCGUCCCCCAUCAGUAGGUUCUGAUCCUCACUGGGUCUGGAUCCGUCUCAGCGGCAGGGGGUGGAGGAGCUGAUCUCUGCAGCGCCGAGUCGCUUCGACCACGCCGCCCUGUUCGCCAUCUUACAGAAACACACUCUGCAGCACCGCAUGAACGACUCCUUCUCCUGCCUGGGUUGGUUCAGUCCCGGUCAGGUGUUCGUCCUGGAUGAGUACUGCGCUCGGUACGGCGUUCGAGGCUGCCACCGUCACCUGAGCUACCUGAAGGGUCUGAUGGAUUAUUCGGAGAACAACGCGCUGGUCGACCCCACGCUUCUGCACUACAGCUACGCCUUCUGCGUCUCCCACGUCCACGGGAACAGGCCUGACGGGAUGGGCACAGUGACCGUGGAGGAGAAAGAGCAGUUUGAGGCCAUCAGGAGUCGCCUCAUGGCUCUGCUGGAGAACCAGAUCACACAUUUUAGGUACUGCUUUCCCUUCGGACGACCAGAUGGGGCCCUGAAGGCAACACUCUCCCUGCAGGAACGGGUGCUGAUGAAGGACAUCACCACGCCCGUCCCUCCUGAGGACAUGAAGAAACUGGUGCAGACGUGUCUGGAGAAAGCGGCUCGGCUCAACUACAGUCAGCUGAUCGACUACGCUCAGAUCAAAGGUCGGAUGGACGCUCAGGCAGCUCCAGAGAAAAGACUGGAGGACAUGAUGAGACUGGGAGAGCUCUGCAUCGAAGUCCUGCAGCAGAACGAGGAGCAUCACUCUGAGGGAAGAGAGGCUUUCUCGUGGUGGCCGGAGCUGAUGGCCGAACACGCCGAAACAUUCCUGUCUCUGUACAAAGCCGACAUGGACGCCGCUCUGCAGGUCCAGGCGGUCGACUCCUGGGACAGCUUCCCACUGUUCCAGCUCCUCAACAACUUCCUGCGAACUGACCCUCACCUGUGUAACGGGACGUUCCACAAACACCUGCAGGACCUGUUCGUGCCCCUGGUGGUGCGCUACAUCGACCUGAUGGAGUCGUCCAUCGCCCAGUCCAUCCACCGCGGCUUCGAGCAGGAGACCUGGCAGUCCGUCAAGUCACUGACUAACAAUCUAGCGAGCGUUCCUCUUCCCAAAGUCCCCAGCCUUCCCCUCACGCUGCCGCAGAUGCCCAGUUUCUCGGCACCUGCCUGGAUGGGACCUCUGUGUGAGAACACUAACGGCUCGGCCACCUCCGAGGAUCUGUUCUGGAAGCUGGAUGCUCUGCAGAUGUUCGUGCUGGACCUCCACUGGCCGGAGCCCGAGUUCGCCAAACAUCUGGAGCAGAGACUCAAACUGAUGGCCAGCGACAUGAUGGAGGCCUGCGUCAAGAGAACAAAAUCUGCAUUCGACGCCAAAAUGCAGAAAGCGAGUAAGUCGACGGACUUCCGGGUGCCGCUGUCGGUCUGCACCAUGUUCAACGUGCUGAUGGACGCCAAGAAGCAGUGCUCCAAACUCUGCGUGCUGGACACGGGGCAGGAGCAACAGUACCACUCCAAAAUCGAUGUCCUGAUUGACGAGGCAUUCAAAGAAAUGAUUUCUUCCCUCGUCUCAAAGUUUGCCGGUGUUUUAGACGGCGUCCUCUCCAAGCUCUCCAGAUACGAUGAAGGGACAUUCUUCUCUUCAAUCCUCUCUUUCACAGUGAAAGCAGCUGCCAAAUAUGUGGAAGUCCCUAAACCAGGGAUGGAUCUGGCCGACACCUACAUCACCUUCGUACGGCAGAACCAGGACAUCCUCCGAGACCGCGUCAACGACGAGCUCUACAUCGAGGAGGUGUUUGACCAAUGGUAUACCGGCUCCAUGAAGGCGCUGUGUGUUUGGUUGACUGACAGACUGGACCUGCAGCUCCACAUGUACCAGCUGAAAACACUCAUCAAGAUUGUCAAGAAGACCUACCGUGACUUCAGGCUGCAAGGCGUCCUGGACGGCACACUGAACAACAAGAGCUAUGAGACCAUCUACAACCGGCUGACGGUGGAGGAAGCCACGGCAGCCGUCAAGGCAGGCGACGGCCUGCAGGGCAUCAGCAUGAGAGACAGCGACGAGGAGGACGACUAAACUCGCACACAAACACACCCUCCCUUCACACUCCCUGUUUCCUACUUGAUUGUCAUCCUUCCUAACAGAUCAGGAGCUUCUGUCA